AUGAUUUCAAAAUUUUGGGCAGAAUUAUCCAACGAUUAUGAAAAACUUUUUGAAACAGAAAUAAGAUAUGAUGUUAUUAUUUAUGCAGGAGAUGAUCAAAAUGUCAAAGAAAUUCAUGCUCAUUCAAAUAUUUUAUGUGCUAGGUCUCAAUAUUUUCGUACUGCAUUUUCUAACGAAUGGGCUGAGAAAAGAGACGGAAAAUUUAUUUUUAGAAAAUCAAAUAUUUCACCACAAUUAUUUAAUAUCAUUCUUAGGUUCAUUUAUUGUGGAAAUAUUGAANAAACUCAAAUUAUACCUCGUACUUCAAGAAAACGGCUGUUUUUGGAUAAUUGGAUGCGUAGGACUUCAAACGUGGAAUUAGCUCGGAUUCCAUAUAAUGACGGCAGAAGACAUGGUCCAUAUGAAUCACAUCAUUUACUACGACACCAGGGAAUCAAAAAAACUAUUGGUUAUGUUCCUGACAUAAAAUCAAAAGUUAAUUUACCACCUUCAAGAAAGCCAAAUUUAAAAUAUCCACUCAAUUCAACUUUAAUUAAAUCGAAUCAUCUUCCUCUUUUUGCUUCGUGGAUUGAUAAAAAAGAUACUUCACAUUAUAAUAGAAAAAAUAUUCCCUAUGAUUUCAAGUUAUUAUAUCGCUCAAGUCAAGAUGGAGUUGAUACUAAUUCUUUUCAUAAAAAUUGUAACGAUAAAGGAGCUACUAUUUGGAUAGCAAAAAUUAAAAAUUCAACACAAUUAAUAGGAGGGUAUAAUCCACUUAAUUGGGAUAGACAACCUCGUUGGGUGGCUACAGCAGAUAGCUUUAUUUUUAAUUUUAUCAAUGGAGGAAAUAUUUCUACUUCAGAAGUAAGUUAUGUUAAGAAACAAGAUCGUGCUGUUUUAUGCAAUAAUUAUUAUGGUCCAACUAUGGGUGAUAUAUACUGUUAUAAUAAUAAUUGGUCCAAUGAAGAUCGUGGUUAUGGAGAAGUCUAUCCAAGCAUAGGAAUUCCAAAAAAUUUUGAAGUAGAAGAUUAUGAAGUAUUUCAAGUAAUUAAAAAGUAAAUUUAAGAUGAAAUUGAAAUUGUUUUU